AGUCAGCUGAUUUAAAAGAAACCCGGGAAAUGACGUAGAUACCAUUUUGAUUUAUUUUGCUAAUGGAGUGCUAUGGAUUCGCAAUGCUACGAUUUGGACAUGGACAUAAAGGAUGAGGACGAAGAGGAACACCCGCAGGAACACAAGCAGGAGCAAGCGGCAGUGGAAGAUGAAAAUGAUAACACCUCACCUCUAUGGUCCAUUGAAGAUGAUUCGCUCUUUUAUCCCCAAGGAUUGAUCAAUCACACUAACAGUGAUGCGGGCUCCAGUGGGAAAUCUGUGUUCAUCACAUGGAAUGAAUAUUAUUUACUUAAUUAUCGGUUUAAAAAAACAAAAGGCUCACGUAAUGUGAAAAUGACCAAAGUACGGAUACCAUUGCCCAGGAAUGGAGACUCCCAUUUGGUUAGCAUUCACAUGCUAGAGUACAAUUCCAUUUUGCUUAUGUCCGAUGGUCUUAUCUAUUGCUUUGAAUCCAUUAAAUCAUUGCAUCCCAUCAAAUGGUUAAGUGGAGUUCGUUGUUUCUCCAAAACGGGUCAAGGAUUCAGUGUGAUCAGAGAGCAAGACCAGCGUCUCUUCCUGCAGAUCUAUAGGGAUUUGCCCAGCUUAAGCAAGACCGGCAGUACAUUGGAGCACAGCUAUGAUAUAACCUAUGAUGGGCAGAAUAUAUUUCGUUGCGAGUGGAAGACUGAUGAUUAUAACCUGAUGUCAGUCAAGAUUUUGGAAGAACAUGAAAAAUUCAUGCAAUGCCUUUUCGGGGGAGAUCUUAAAAAAGGAGAUGAUUUCCAUAUAUUCAGCAUUAGUGGACAUAUUUUUGUUUUGCUGCCCACUGAGGUGGUUAGACAAGAUGAUGAAUCCCCGUCAGGAGGUGACUAUAAUAUUGAAUUGCUGUGUGUUUAUGUGUCCUCAAUAAGCUUCAUACGCCUUCUGCCUGAAAGAAACUUGUGUUUGAUCUUUCUCAGCAGUGGUGCCAUAGACAUUUGGUAUGUGUCCCAACUGCUGCAAAUUAAACAACGUCAAAUGUAUCAUUUAGGAUCCGAGUGGUUCGAUUGUGAUGCAGACAGUUCAUUUGGUGACUUCUAUUAUACAGAUGGCCAGCAAUUGGUGCGUCUAAGAUUCAAUUAUAAUGCCCAAAUCGAUGAAUUCGAUAUCCAGAAAUGGGCUAAACCCAUACCGGGCAUGCAAUCCUGUACUUGGGUGGAUGCCAUUAGCCAAUUGGUUUGCCUCAGUGAUAAUAAUAUAUUUUAUCGCAUCAGUUUUAGUCUCCAAGAGGAGGAGCGGGAAAGUCAAUUGAAUGGUAAUAGUUCACACCUAAUGAGUGAUCUAACCCCGUUGCUAAUUGAGCAACUGCGUAGAAAUGCUCAAUUGAUGGAGCAAUAUGAACAGGAACCAGCUCGUCUACAGAAAUUAAUUCAAGGCGAACUUGAGAAACAACAAUUGAUAGCUGUGGCCACAAAUAGUCACAUUUAUAGCCAGGAAAUAGAGGCCCAUUUGGAAUACCAUCGAAAUGUGCCACUCUUCAGUGGUGAGACACUACUCCUGCAAUCAUCUCCUAAUGAUUGUCAAUUGCAAAGCUCUAGAAUUUAUGCCAUCAUCAAGUUGAAUCUGAAUUGCCGGCAAUUGAUUCACUCCAACCAUUGGCAAUUGUUAGUCUAUUAUGAUAAUCAUGUUAAUAACCAUAUUAUACCAACCGAACUGAUUCUUCGUAUGCAAUGUCGUGUGGUUAUUCCUUUGAGGAAAUUACAUAAUCAACUUCUACCAAAAUUUACACUAAAGUUAGUGGCUUUUCUGGAACUAAACAAACAAAUCACAUCCGUUUUGCUGCCCAUACGCAUUGAAGAAAGUUGCCUUACCUAUAGUUUACUCUUUAGCGGACAAUUAUUAGCUUUGGAUCUAAGGCCAGAGCUCACCUUGUCACAACUGAUCAAAAAGAAACCAACUGUGGCCACUAUUUCUCAGGAAAUGUCACUAAAAGAGGGAUGCAGUUUGUCUGACAUAUCGAAAUUAUUAAAUGCCGAGAAUAAAAUUGAGGAUAAUACUUUGGUUAUAUAUUUUGUGGACAGUAAAAUAAUCCUUACUCAUACGAAUAAUCAUCUAACACUGGAAAGUGAAGAUGCUUCUGCUAUUUACUACAUCAAAGAGCAGCUUGCAUCAAGUGACAAAACUGAAUGGAUCACUAAAGAUUCUUCAAAAACUACUGAGAUUAUGAAAUUACAAUGUCAAACGGAGCGUUUAUAUGGCACAUUAAGUGAUAAUGGCAUGGAUAUUGAGAGCAAUGUGAGAAUGCGUUUAGAGGCACUACAAACGCAAUAUAAAGCCAUAAGGAAUACAAUUUAUUAGGAUUUGCAUUUUAAAAACUGAUUUGGAUGGGAUUUUAUUUAUUGUUUAGGACGUUUCACAAAAAUUCGUGUUAUUAGUUAACAAAUCACAUUGCAUAUAU